AUCAACAGGUUUGCGCAGACAUUCGAGCCGCAGCGCAGUGCCAAGCGAAAAGCAACGAGGCAGUCCAUCGAAAGCAGUUCUAAUUGAAUUGCAGCUGCCACAAAUUCAGUUAUAAAAGUCAUUUCACGUGCUUAACCAAGUUUAUAGUGUAAUAGAACGCGUGCGUAUUCAGAUCUCUACCGCACUCGACGCAUAGACCACAAACAGCGGAAGUCGAGGCAACAUUUCCGGCAUUUCAAAUACAAUCAAAUAAUCAAGCAUACAGGAACAUGGCUGAGUCGGGAAUCAGCUCGAGUUGCGCGACGCAGAGCUUCGGGCUAUUGCUGCUGCUGCUCUUCCUGCACAGCAGCCGGGCUGCGGCCAUGGCGAGUGGCCAGAGUGGCAACAACAACGAGCUGGCCGCCACGGGACUCACUGAUCAGGUGGUCGAGCAACUGGGCGACAAUGAUCUCUACAACAACAAACGCGCUUGGCAAUCGCUGCAGAGCUCCUGGGGCAAGCGCUCGUCGAGCGAUCCGGCUGCCCUGGAAAUGGAUGAUUCGAUCUAUAUGACGGGGCACUUUGUGCCGCUGGUCAUCACCGACGGCACCAACACCAUCGACUGGAACACCUUCGAGCGCUGGGCCAGCAACAAUCAGGAGCAGCAACUGCAGCAGCAGCAACAACAACUGCAGCAGCAGCAACAGCCAUCGAAUUCCCUUGAAGACGGCGAUGAGUUCAACUCGGAGAAUGGCAUGGAGAAGCGCGCCUGGAAGAACAUGAACGUUGCCUGGGGCAAGCGGCGUCAGGCACAGGGCUGGAACAAGUUUCGAGGUGCCUGGGGCAAGCGCGAGCCCACCUGGAACAAUCUGAAGGGCAUGUGGGGCAAGCGCGAUCAAUGGCAGAAGCUGCACGCUGGCUGGGGCAAGCGCUCCCUCAACAACUAAACUAAACUCGCCCACCCCACGCACACACAUAGGCAACAAAAUACCAAUGGAUGCAACACUUAAAUACAUACAUAUACAUAUAUGAAUAUCAAAUAUCUGUGUAUACAAAUAUACGAAAUCUAAGAUAACUUAUUUCCCCAGUAGAGUCUCUCGAUGUUCUAGCAAAAAAUAAAAAAGAAAAACUACAAAAAACCAAGGAUGUGGGUCGAAUUCCGAAAAUGUAUGAAAGCGCUCGCCACAAAAACAACAACAACAACAAGAAGAAGAAGAAGAUUAAUCAAAAAAUGAAACAUUACCAAAGUAUUUGUAAUUUGCCUAAGUAUAUAUGAUAUAUAUAAAUAUAUAUUUAUGUCUUUUUGGUAGCUGAAGCCAGUAUUAUAAUCCAAGUAUAUAAUCGAAGCACAAACACACACACACACCUAUACCAAGUUGAAACUCGGAGCAUGACACUAGUUUCUAGAAACAAG